GCUGGUGGUGGAAAUGGUUCUGCGGGAGUGAUAAUUUUACCUAGUUUAUGAUUACGCGGACCAAACCAGCAUAUUCUCCGGGUGAAGAUGGCGACUUUUCGCCUUUUCGUGGUGCUCGCAACAUUCUGCACGACCUACGGUGCCGAAUACGAUACGUACGAUUUGAUCAGUACGGGCAUCUGCAAAACGCGGCAGUUUUCCAUCAUCGAAUCCCUGUACCCACGCAAGGAACUGCGUACCUUACUUGACUCCAAACGCGGUGCCGUGUUCGAGCAAAGCUGGAAUUCAUCGUCCUUCAAGCGGUUCAGUGAGUGCAAGUUUACGCUACAACCGCCACCCGACAUGGGGCUGUACUUAAUGGUCCGCAAACUGAAUCUGCGGCGGGACGCAAAAGGGAACUGCGUCGAUACGGUGACCGUCAAGCAGAGCAACGAUAAGAAAACGCGCUUCUGCUACACGCCAAAGGAUGUGCCAAGAAGUUUUUCCGACCCACAACAUCUGCGCAUAACGAUCAAGCUCGACCACUACCAGCCACUACCGACCGUGGACGAUACGCUGCAGAUUCAACUGGUAGUCACACCGAAGGGUUCGUGUUUUCGGCUCACGCAAGUGCGAUGCGAUCUUGGUGACUCUACCUCGUGCAUUGACCAUUCGUUCUAUCAAGACCGGACCGUAAACUGUCCCAACUGCGUGGAUGAGGACGAAUGCUCGACGGAGCUGGAGAAGGUUUACGUGACAAACAACCAGAACAUUGCCCUCACAGCGUUAGUAUCGCUCAUUUUCACCAUGGCCGUGUUCGCGUUUUGUCUGCUGUGCCUGUACAAGCACCGGCGUUGCGUUUCUUCGUGCAGUAGCCACAGCGCGGACAGUGCGAGCAGCGGUGGCAGUGGCACCCGAGCACUUCGACAUAACGUGGCCACCGGCGUUCACACUGUAGAACUGCAGGGCUCGUUGAGCGACAUACGGCCAUCAGCACCGCCCAUGGAGGAGAAAGAUCUUCCGCCCAGCUACGAUGCCCUGUUUCCUACCGAAGUUGCCUCUUCCGGAUCUGGUCCGCCGACGGUCUCGGCGGCCACUUCUCCCACCAUACCGAAAGCGUUGGAUGAGCGAUAAAACCGCGAAGAGACGCAAGAAGACGCAGGUCGCAAAUGUGAACGCAUUUCUCGUUACUGUUGGUGUACAUAAGCUUUAACGUAUGUUCUGAUAUCCGCUGUAUCGUGGGACAUCGAAGAUUCGAAUAGGAGAGGUGGUGCCGUCACACGCUCUCCGCCUAGCAUAAGAAUCAAAUGUUUCGUGCAAAUGUUUACUGUACAGUUUUUUAUCCGCAUGCUGCCGAUAACAAUGGCACUUGUUUCGUGCAUUUGCCUUUGCCAGAAGCCGCGUUACCAACAAGCAUUUGCAACGGAGCGAAACUCUCCCUUGAAUCUCCAACGAACGACGGAAGUGCAACUGCGCGGUAGUGCACCGCAAACGUUUCGAGUUCCGAACGAAGGGAGAGUCACACUCGGAACACUGGCGGACACUGGCUGCUGCAGAACUUUUAUCUUCCUGUUGAUCUAUUUAUUUUUAGUAUUCUAUCAACGAGAGAGAACCCUCGCGAGCGGAUUUUCGUGUACAAACCCGCCGGAGAGUUGGUCAACAUCGGUAUUCAAUGCAAAUUAACUUUAAGUCCGACGAAAAUCGGUGGAGUGUUAUUUUAAAAAUA